AUGAAACUACCGUUGGCGGACGCUUUGGUCUCGCUCAUCGCGACGGGAUGUUUAGGAGUGUACCAGGUCACGAAGCGAGUCAUCGACCCGUACUUGUCUUUUACGAGGGAAGGAAGAGGGUUUCGACGACGACAACAACAACCAAAAACAUUCGUUUUCUUUGGGAAAACUUUAGCGGUUUGGCGAGUGGUGAAUUUCACAUCCUACGUGCUCAACGUUCUGUGCGUGUCCAUUCCGGGGAGGAUAGACGACCAAAUGGCGAAAGAGAUGAAAGAAGCUCAGGAAGAAGAGAAGAAGAAAAACAAGGAGGACGCUGAUGCUGAUGUCGAUGAUGAAAAGAAGAACGACGCUAAUGCGACUAAAAAGAAUACUAUUCGACGAACGUCGAAAUAUCGGUCGUUGUUCACUCCGGCCGGGUACGCGUUUGCCAUCUGGGGGUUUAUUUUCACAAGCGAAUUCGUCUUCGCGAUGAGGUCGAUGUUUUUCACCAACACGAAGGACGAACAGUUCGCGGCGAAUGCGACUGGAUAUUUCGCGUUGGCGAACGUUUUGCAAUCCGUUUGGUGCUUUACUUUUCGAGAGUGGACGGAGAAACCGAGGAGGCAUUGGAUUAACGCCUUCGUGUUAGGGGUCGAAGCUUUAGCGUUGUGGUCUUCGAAGGAGAGAGUGUUUGAGGUGAACGGAAGGUUUGCGCUCGCAGAGAGCGGGUUUGUUUCGGUCCCGAUCCGAACGCACUUUGCGUGGAUUUUGUGCGCGUGCGGAAUCAACGCGAACACGGUGUUGGCCAAAAUCGGGUCGGCGAGCGCGCAAGUCGUCUUUGCUAUCGGAACCGCGGUUCUCGCGACGAGCGUUGGCGCGUACUCUUCUUUCUACCGAGGCGACGCGGCGACACCUUUAGUUUUUGCGUGGGCGCUCUACGCCAUAUACAAGGAUGGCGGAUAUCGAGCUCCACCGCCAUCCGAUUCGACGAGUUCUUCUUCCGGCGACAAAAAAGACAAGAAGAACAAAGACGGGGACGAGAAAAAAAAUACAGAAAAGCUUUUCAACAAAACGGAGGAAUGUAUACCGUCCGAGAAGCAAACGAAGCGGUUUACCGACACCGCGCGCCUGUGCGCAAUCGCCAAUCUACUUUUCGCCGCUAAAGCGUUGUUGUCGUUGUAG